GGUGCCGGGGCCGCCCGGGGCGGCGCUCGGGGCCGCUGUACAAAUAGGGCGGCUGCGGGUGGCCCGGGCAGACAUGCGGGUCCCGUUCCGCUCCGUGCCCGCGCUGGCGCUCUGCGCCUUAGCCCUGCUCCGCCUGGGCUGCGCCCCGACCUGGGCACUCACCUGGGCACCGACCGCAGCGUCCGCCGGGGCGCUCACCUGGGCACCGGCCCGCGCCCCGCCGCGCUGCCCCCCGUUGAUGCUGCAGCUGCUCCGCGCCCCUCCCGCCCCGCUCCGCGCCGCCGCCGCCGCCGCUCUCAGCCUCUCCCCACACGGCUCCCUGCAGAACGGCUCCCGCUGGGCGCUCUCCUUCGACAUGUCCUCCCUGUCCAGCAGCCAGGAGGUGAGUCUGGCUCAGCUCCGUGUCCGCCUGCCCGGCCUCUCCCGCGCCCACAACGUCUCCCUGGACAUCUACCACAGCCAGCGGCGCAGGUGCCGGGGGGACGGGACCUGCGCCCACCGGCUCCUCCUGGGCACCGUGGCUGGCAGCCCCUCUGCCACCCAGGCCUCCUGGAAAGUCUUUGAGGUCACCAACCUGCUGCGGGCCUGGCUGCACCAAGCCGCGGUCGCUGAGCACCGGAGCCCCGCGGGAACGGGGCGGUGGGAGGUGAGCGGCUCGGCCGCCCCGGCCACGGGAGACACCGGCCACGGUGACCCAGCCCUGCCCCGGGACGUGGCAGACAGCGUCCUGCUGCUCGUCUUCUCCAAGGACAAGUCUCCAGGGGAGCACAGCCUCAUCAGGACGGCGGAGACCUCCAAGUACAUCAUGCGCGACAGCGGCUCGCAGGGCGCGGGGGCGCGGCGGCAGCGCCGGAACCGGGUGGAGAAGCAGCGGAUCAAAAGCAGCGGCACCGCCGCCGCCGCCCCGCGGGAACCGGGCAGGGCGCUGUGCCGGCGGGUGGACAUGGUGGUGGAUUUCGAGCAGACGGGCUGGGGCAGCUGGAUCGUGUACCCCAAGAAGUACAACGCCUACCGCUGCGAAGGGCUGUGCCCCUCGCCCGUGGACGAGACUUUCAAGCCCACCAACCACGCCUACAUACAGAGUUUGCUGCAGCUCUACAAGCCCAACCAGGUGCCGUGUCCCGCCUGCUCCCCGGUCAAGAUGAGCCCCCUCUCCAUGCUCUACUACGAGAAGGGCGAGAUCGUCGUCCGCCACCACGAGGACAUGAUCAUCGAGGAGUGCGGCUGCAACUGAGGCCACCCAUACCCCGGCAGGAAGGUGCCCGUCUGCGCCCAGGGGUGCCCCGGGGACCCAGGAGCGUCCCCGAAGGCCCCGUGCCCACGGGCUGGCACAGCCCCGGCUGGGCCGGGAGGAGCGGCUGCCCGGCUGGAUCCAGGCUCCGCCAGGAAAAGGCCACCAGGGGCAGAUCUGGGGCGGUGGGUGCCCCGUGCUGGGUUUACCGAGGAGCUGGGGGCUGCUGUGUGUGGCACAGGGCAGGGGUUGAGGUGCAGGGACAUGGCAGCGCUGCUCCCUGCCACCACAGGGCUCAGGCAAUGGGAAUUCCCAGCCGUGGGAAUCGUCAGGAGCCACAGGUUCUCAGGACUCUGCACCUCCAGUGUCUGGCCACACUGAGCAUACACACCACUGGGAUUUCCAAUCUCCCCUGGGGUUUAGGCAUUUCUCCUCAGAAUUCUAUUAUAUUUCUAUUAAAACUGUCAGAUUUCUAUUGCACCUCAGACAAGUGAAUGUAUUAGCCAAUGUCCAGAGCCCCAGCUGGCAGAUCCAGGUGAGCAGCGUUUACAAACAAGUAACCACAGCUCUGCUCGAGCCUUUUCCCCCUCGCUGGAUGGGGUGGUUGCGAAAAGGUCACAGCUGUACAAUUCUGCAAUAAAUUAUAUCUAUUAAAAAUG